AUGGGCGCUGUGGGGGAAGGCAUUGCCCUCGACGUGUCUGUCUCCGAUGGUGCUCAGGCGGUCCUGGCCGUCAAAGUUCGCCGCGCCAAGAAGAAAGAGCUUUCGAAACUGGCGCAGGAGCAGGCACUUGUAUCUGCCAUGGAGCGGGGCCGCUACUCCAGCCUUCUUGCUCAGAUUUCGCGAUCGAAAAUGCGCAAAGUCGAGGCUGCUCUCAUCGACCAGGCGAGCCGAAUGCUCAAGUCCAUGCAGCCGAAGGAGGGCACCUUCUUGAAGCACAAGGAGUUGAACCAUUUCAUGAAGUGGAAGCACGUCACGAUUCCAAGCGGGGCUGAGGAGGUGGUUCAGCUUUGCGACGGCUCCGCGGACUGCCCCUGCAACGUGGGCUCCGCACAGCCAGGGGAGCUUUGUGAGGUGUUGUCAGACUCUGUGGCAGAUGCGCUUCAUGGGAUAGCCCCAGGCCAGGUCGCGCCGGACCAAUGGCUGUUCCAGGCCCUGGUCAAGGCUGCACUGGCCGCACCCGAGGGCUGUGUGUGGAAGUCGGGUGGAAAGUUCCUCCUCACGAACGAGGACCGGAAUCAGUCGCCGACUGCCAUCGUCGGUGUGUUGGAGCGUGACAACCAGGAGAGCGCUGCGGGCAAGGGGAUCCGCGCGCUGGUUGCGCACACUGAGCAGGAGUAUGGCUACCGUGUCACGGCCAUCCAGCUCAAUUUUCAUCCAAACCACAAGUCGUCACAUAAGCAGCACCGAGACAUCUACGGUGCCGGGCAGAAGGGCGGCAUCAACUGUACCUGCAGCUUCAUGAAGUGCACGGGCACGGUUUGCUACUCCAUUGGUUCCAGCCGGCAGAUCCUCUGUGAAACCAUCACAGACUCGCGCUCGAAGUACGAGACGUGCGGGGAGGAGUGCACUGGCCGGAAGACGUACAAGUGGAUGCAUAGUGGCAGCGCCAUGCACUUCAACGCCCCAUGGAACAACAACCACACGCAUGGAGACUUGGAUGCUUCAGUUUGGUGUUUGCCGUCCGUCGCGGAUGAGACGUCCAGAGCUGUCUCAUAUAAUAGAGGUCUCAAUGCUUCGAAGAGGGUUUGGGGGUAUGUCAUACUAUACUUAUAG